AUGGAUGGAGAUCUUUAUAGAAGAUUGGCUGAUGAUGGUCUACUAUUUCAAUGUUUUAGCAAGUUUGAAGGUUUAAAGAUUAUGGCAAAGGUACACGAAGGAAUAUGUGGAGCUCACCAAACCGGCAUCAAAAUAAAAUGGUUGAUACGCCGAUAUGGAUAUUAUUGGCCUGGAAUGAGGAAAGAUUGCAUGACCUAUGCAAAGGGUUGUACAGAUUGUCAAAAGCAUGGCCCAAUGCAGUGGAUUCCAGUAAUAGAGAUGCAAUUAUUAGUCAAACCAUGGCCCUUCAGAGGUUGGGCCAUAGAUUUAAUCGAAACAAUUGUUGCCGAUAAUGGAUUUGUGUUUCGAGCAGGAGAAGUAUUGCAACUCGGUUGUGAUAUCCAAGUAAAAAUAGUAACUUCAACACCCUAUUAUGCUCAAAGGAAUGGCCAGGCUGAGGCUUCGAAUAAAGUUGUAAUUGAAAUCAUUGAAAAAAUGAUACAGGACAAGCCGAGGUGUUGGCAUGGAACCUUUUCAGAAGCCUCGUGGUCUUAUAGAAAUUCAAAGCGAACAAGUACAAGAACAACUCCUUAUCGGUUAACCUUUAGCCAUGAUGCUGUGCUGCUAAUGGAGUUAAAUGUAAAAUCAACAAAGGUAAUAAAGGCUUAUGACAAAAGGGUGAAGUUCAAGUCAUUUGCAGAGGGUGAUAUGAUUUAG